GCCAGAAUGAAGGAGAGAGAGGUUGCUAGGUGACGGGGCGUAUACUGAAUUUUAACAAAAUAACCGGGGAAAGGAAGAGAAAGGGAGGGAGAGAUAUAGCUGGCUACAUCUAGCCAGCCACGUAGAGAGGUCGGGAAAUUGUGAACGCGUAGUUAGAAUAUUUAAAUAGCUACAUCCAUGUAUUGGGGGGAGACCCGCAAAUAAGAGUCGGGAUUGUAAAGACUAUGAGAAGGAUGAAGCGGCUGGGAGAGAGAUGGGGGCAUUUUCGCGAAAACUAAGACAUUCUCAGUCCAGUCCAUUGUCAGUCCAAUACAGAAGACCAGGCUAAACAAGAGAUGACCCUAACUGGUGGCUUCAUUGAGGAGGUUGUAUUGGCCUGUCGCUGGAGGUCUGAAUUACAGGCUAUAAAAUCCUGUUGCUGAAAAUACACUGCUCUACCCAGCAAAGUUUGUCUUAAAGAGCCUAUCUGACAAGUGGGCUUAUUUAGCUUUUAACCUUAAUAAACCUUCAUUUAAAUUCUAAUUUUUGGCGGCAGAAGAGGACAAUGGAACAUUGUAAUUGACAUUGUCACGUUUCUGUGACCUGACAGAUGAAUGCAUUAUGGUGCUAAUGAGAUAAAUAGGCCAAUUGUGGACAUUUAUACUUUGGUAAAUUAAAUAAUGACUGUGGCCUGGGCAGUAAGUAAGAGUUUCAUUUUGCAGCCGGCGUAUUCUUGUGUCACCAGAAAAGCACUUGAGCGUUCUUCUCCUCUCUCCCUCCAUCCCCCUGUUCUGCUUGCCUGUAAUCCUCGUCGCAUCGCAAGCGUUACGGUACCGGACUCCACCCUUUAUAUAUAAGCAUUGCAGCCCUCUGCCCCGCCUGCUCUCUGCCCCCCCCCUCCCCCCUCCCCUGCCUGCUCUUGUCCAUUCCUAUGGCUUUGAAACCCACCCUCUCUCUCCUACUGGCCAUGCUGGCAUGGACCGGGUCUGUCGGCUCCUCCCCCGCGCUCUUGCACCGCCCCCGAGAGAGGGACCGAGACCUGGGCUCCGCCGUGCACUACAACAUCGCCGUCAUCUACUCCGGCUCCUCCCUGCACCCCGAGGGCGUGGCGGGCGCGGCGGGCGCGACGGGCGGCAGCAGCCGGGCGGGCGGGGGCAGGGUCCCGUACCCCGGGGUGGAUUUGGGGCGGAUCCCCAGCAGCCACGGCGACAGCGUGGUCACGCAGUGGGGCAUGGCCAACGUGAUCUGGCUGGCCAUCAACGAGAGCAGCCCGAGGAGCCUGCUGCUGCAGCUGUGCCAGCUCCUGGCCACCAGACCCCUGCAGGGCCUGGUGUACGAGGAGGAGAAGCCCCCCCGGGCCCCCAAGGGCCCCCUGGCCCCCUUGCUGGAGUUCGUCUCCGCUCAGACCGGGCUCCCUAUCGUCGCUGUCGGAGGUGGAGCUGGUUUGGGGAGAGAGCCGCAGGAGAGUGGCUCCAUCUACCUCCAGUUCAGCUGCUCCACAGCCCUCCAGCUGGAGGUGAUCUUCGAGGUGCUGGAGGAGUACGACUGGACCGCUUUCUCUGUGGUCUCCACCCGUCACCACGGCUACCAGGACUUCCUGGCGAUGGUGGAGGGGCUGACGGACAGCUCCUUCAUCGGGUGGGAGAAGAAAAGCAUGGUGAUGCUCAACAUGACAGAUGACCCAGGUGGCGCGCGCACCAGGAGGCUGCUGAAGGAGAACGAGGCGCAGGUGCGUCUGCUGUACUGCUCCCAGGAGGAGGCCGAGCUCAUCUUCAAGGCGGCCUGGGCGGCGGACCAGGCCGGCCCCUCUCACAUGUGGUUCGCCGUGGGCCCGGCCCUGGCCAACCUGGGCGUGGAGGGGCUCCCCAAGGUCCUGUUCUCCGUGAGGCCGCAGGGCUGGAGGGACGAGCCGCGCAAGAGGAUCGUCAAGGGGGUGUCGGUGCUGACCUACGGAGCCAUGGCCCUCCGGAAGGAGUACGGGGCGUCCAGGGGGCACUACUUCGCCAACAACUGCCAGACCGACAGCAACCAGACCCGGAGGGUGCCUGACAGAAUCAGGUAUUUCAGUAACAUCACUCUGGCGGGACGAGAUUACUCCUUCAACAGUGACGGCUACCUGGCCAAUCCAUCACUGGAUGUCAUAUCCCACGUGCCAGGAAGAGGCUGGGAGGAGGUGGGCUGGUGGGAAAAUCGGGUUCUGAAGCUGCGGUACCCGGCGUGGUCGCGGUACGGCUCCUUCCUGCAGCCCCCGGACGACGCCCAGCACCUGCGAGUCGUCACCCUGGAGGAGCGGCCCUUCGUCAUCGUGGAGCCCGCGGACUCCGCCACCGGCUCCUGCAUCCGUGACUCUGUGCCCUGCCGGCUCCCCCUCAACACCAGUGUGGUUUCGGAGGGCGUGGUGCCCAUGAAACAGUGCUGUAAAGGAUUCUGCAUCGAUGUCCUUAAACGAUUGGCCAAAAUAGUGGGCUUCACCUACGACCUUUACCUGGUAACCAACGGGAAGCACGGGAAGAAUAUUGACGGGGAGUGGAACGGCAUGGUGGGAGAGGUUGUGUACAAGCGCGCUGACAUGGCUAUUGGCUCGCUGACUAUUAAUGAGGAGCGGUCGGAGGUGGUGGAUUUUUCCGUUCCCUUUGUCGAGACAGGAAUCAGCGUUAUGGUCUCCCGCAGCAACGGCACAGUAUCCCCAUCCGCCUUCCUCGAGCCCUACAGCCCAGCCGUGUGGGUGAUGAUGUUCGUCAUGUGUCUGACGGUUGUCGCGGUGACCGUAUUCAUCUUCGAGUUCUUCAGCCCUGUUGGAUACAACCGCAGCCUGAAGAGUGGAAAGAAGGUUGGAGGCUCAAAAUUCACCAUUGGCAAAUCCAUCUGGCUGCUAUGGGCUCUGGUCUUCAACAACUCCGUCCCUGUAGAGAACCCCAGAGGCACCACCAGCAAGAUCAUGGUACUGGUCUGGGCCUUCUUCGCCGUCAUCUUCCUGGCCAGCUACACCGCCAACCUGGCCGCCUUCAUGAUCCAAGAGGAGUACAUCGACACAGUCUCCGGGCUCAGUGACAAAAAGUUCCAGCAGCCCACGGAGCAGUACCCCCCCCUCAAAUUCGGGACCGUUCCCAACGGCAGCACCGAGGAGAACAUACGCAGCAAUUACCCCGCCAUGCACCAGUACAUGGUGAAGUACAACCAAAAAGGGGUGGAGGAGGCUAUCGCUAACCUCAAGACAGGUAAACUGGACGCCUUCAUUUAUGAUGCUGCGGUGGUAAAUUACAUGGCCAGGAAGGACGAAGGGUGCAAAGUGAUGACCAUUGGCUCUGGAAAGGUGUUCGCCACCACGGGCUACGGCAUCGCCCUGCACAAGAACUCGCGCUGGAAGAGACCGCUGGACCUCGCCCUCCUCCAGCUGGUGGGAGACGAUGAGGUCGACAUGCUGGAGCGCCUCUGGCUGUCUGGAAUCUGCCACAACGACAAGAUUGAGGUGAUGAGCUCCAAGCUGGACAUCGACAACAUGGCGGGGGUGUUCUACAUGCUGCUGGUGGCCAUGGGCCUGAGCCUGCUGGUCUUCGCCUGGGAGCACCUGGUCUACUGGAGGCUCAGGCACUGCCUGGGCCACUCGGGCCGGCUGGACUUCCUCCUGGCGCUCAGCAGGGGCAUGUACAGUUGCUGUAGCAUUGAAGACGAGACGGUGACAGAGGGGAACAAAACUACCCUUCCCACCUACCCCCACUCUUCCAUGGUGUCCUCGCCGCCCCAUGUGAUUGCAGCUGCUAUCCAAAUCCCUGCAAUCGCCAUGGUCCAGCAGCAUCAGCAGCAGCAGCAGCAGCCGCAGCAGCAACAGCAUCAACAACAGCAGCAACAGCAGCAACAGGCACAGCAACAGAAAGCAUACCGCACCCCGUUGCCAGGGACGCCCCCCACGGCUGCUCAUUCUGGCAUGGCCCUCGGGCCAUCUAACAGCCCCAUGUUGGCCACCCCUCUUCCCUGCUCCAACUUCCUCUCCCGCCCUGAUCGGAGGCUGGCUGUGGUUGACCGCUGGAGGCUCCCGAAACCCGCUCCCUCCAAGCCCAUCGACGUUGAGGUUGGGGCCCCUGAAAUGUUCCAGCAGAGGGUGACCCCAAGCUGGGUUGGCGGUGGUGUUAGGGGUGGUGUUGGUGGAGGGAGUAUGGAUGAAUACAAGCGUUACUAUGGUCCCAUUGAUCCAGAGGGCCUGGGGGAUUGUAUAGACCCACAGAUAGGUGGUUCCCAAACACCUAAAUCUGGACAAAGGGUCCAGCCACAGCCCCCACCUCCUGGCAUAGGUUUCUACCAGGAGAAGAGCACUGACCUUGGGGUGGGGAAGAUGAAAGGUGUGGCUGGUCAGGGGAAGGGGGCUAAAUCUGUGGGUAACCCGUGGCUGCCCAGCAAAAGUCAGGGCCCUGGCCCCCUUCCUCCUCAGCCUCCAUACCCCAACCCCUCCCCUCCUCUGCCUUCAUCUUUAUGGAGAAAAUGCCGCCCCAAAAAAUCAAAAGAUUCAAGCGGUCCUUUGUAUGAAAAUAUCCUUCCUCUGGGGAGACGAGGGGGAAGGAGGCCGGGAUUAAGGCCUGGAGGCAGCAGGAAGGGCCGUCCUCCGCCCCCCCUGCCUCUGCCCGAGCCCCUUCCCCUAUCCCACACUCACACCCCUCCCUCUCCAUCACUCUCCCUCCCUUACAACUCCACCUCCAGCUCCUCCGCUUCCUCCAGCUCCUCCUCCUCCUCCUCCCGCUCCACCUCCCCUUCUUUCUCCACAUCCUCCUCUACCUCCUCCACCUCCUCCCCGAGCUCCAGGGACAGAGAGGACAGGAUGGAGGGAGAGGACGAAGAAGAUUUGGAAGACCUGACAGAAGAGUCUAGCCUGCUUUUGGGCCGGGACAGGGACCGGGACCGGGACCGGGAGAGGUUGCACAUUCCUCAUCACUCCCACGGCCCUGUGCCACCACCCAUCCCUCCUCGCAAGCCUCGCCCACAGAAGGGAGAGAGAGAGCACAGGAGAGAGAGGGGGCGGAGCCAGCUGGCCCAGCUGCAGGAGUGGUGGGCUGAGUGGGGGGAGAGAGAGAGAGUGGGGGGCGGUGCUGGGGGAGACAGACGGGAGAGAAGAGGCGAGAAGAAGCGUCAGAAGGAGAAAGAAAAGGAGAAAAAGAAGAAGAGCCGGAAGAGGAAGAAGAGAGAGGAACGUGAGAGGGAGAGGGAGAGAAAGCGACGCAAGGCUAAAAAGAAGAGGAGAUCGAUAAAGGUGAAAGGGAGGAAGCCCAGAGAUGUUGAGGUGGAGAAAGAACCUGAAGGGGAUGAUGGUCGGGAUCUUGUGAUCUUACAGGACUAUACCUCCUUCUCUGGACGGUACCCUGAGACUUUUGGGGAAAAGAGGGCGAGAGGGAACAGGGACUCUGUGUGGGAUGGUAGUAGGGAUGGAGGGAGGGGAGAGGGAGAAAUGGGAGGGGGCAUAAGGGAGGAAAAGCAGACUGGAGCUCACCACAAUAAGGAUAGGCAUUCCAGCCCUCAGAGCCAGUCCAAAUAUCGACCAUUUAGCAAAAGGUAUCCCAACUCAAACAAGCUUCCAGCUUCUGCCAAAUUUUGGGGAGGGAGAAGCAAGAGUGGGAACCCAAGCCUCGGUGCCGGCACGUCCUCCGGCUCAAAGCCCUGGAGGGACCGAGCGGGGCGAAGAGAAGGGGAAUCGGGGAGGAGAGGGGAGAAGCGACCCUUAUUGUGGCAUGAGAGAGGCCUGACCCAAUCCAGAGAGGGCUUUUCUUUCCACGAGUCAGACUCGGAGGCUGACAGGGGAGGUGAUGAGGAGAUAGAGGUGGAGAAUGAGAGAGGGAGGAGGGAUGAAGCCAGACGGAGAAGCGCAGGCCGAGGGGCUGUGUCAGAGUCGGAAAGGGACAGGGGUAGAGCGAUAGAGAGUUACUCAGACGAUGGGUCGUCAGGGGAAUUUGGUAGGUUUGAGAGGUACUGGGAAGGUCGAGACAGCGGGGGCAUAGGGGGAGGGGGCUGGUUUUUUGGCACCUAUCCCACCAGGGAGAAGGGGAGCAGCGUCAACAGUCGGGACGAAUCCUUUCUCGGGCGUGGGGAGGGGUGGGGAUCGGGUGGAGGCGGGUGGGGAUUGGAUGCUGGGACUGGAUGGGGAUCAGGGGGCCUGGGGGCGACCCAGCAUUGGCCUUCCCCACCCACAGUCCCCAGGAGGUAUUGGUCUGUGGACAAGCUCCACAUAGAUGAUGAAAAAUGGAAAAGUGGAGGGAAGGGAAAACAGAGGAUGGGGGACAGGCAGAGGAGCGACAUGCAGUGUUCCUGCCAGUACCCCCACAGCCCGACACACGCACGCCCGAAGAGGGCGGGGAACCCCUUGCGCGCCCAAGAAGGACUGCCCCACUGUCACAGCUUUAGCGGCAGCUCUCGGCCCAAGCCCUCGGGCCCCAAACCUGACCAGGACCCGGCCAAAUUCGGCAGCCAGACCAACCUCAACACCCAGAAGGCCCAGUUGGGCAAACAAGCCUCCCAGCCCUCCCAGCCGCAGGCUGUCCUUCCCUCCCUCCCCGCACUUCCUGCGCCCCCCUCCUCCGUUUGCACGCCCCCCACCGUUUCGACUGCGUCGGGUGCCGCUCAGUCUUCCGCUAUGGCCACUGCCAGCGCCAAGCUGCAGUACCAGAGACUGCGCUCCGUACCCCAGCCCCGCAGGUUCUACUCCCCCCACCUGCCCCUGAAGUCCAAGAGCCUGUGCUCCCGAAGAGGGUCUGCCUAUUUCUCCAGUCUGGAGAGCGAGGUAUGAGGGACUGAAAAGAGGAGAUAACGCAGAAGAACAGGGAAAAUUGUGCCAUUCUUAAGUCGAUAGACUCCAUUUCCUUGAGGCGUAACCAAAUGUGGUGAGUAGAUCAACGUCAAGAAAUUUUUAUGCCAUCUGUCUUCCCAUCCAAUCAGAACAAUGAAUUGUGACUCCUCCACCUUCCAUUGGAUCUGUGAUUGUGGUUUGUGGAACGCUUGACCUGUAUCUUUGACUUUGAGCCUAUUUUCUUCACUACAGUUAGACGCGUGAACACUGAUAUAACCAUUGUAUGUACAACGUCUUGCUUUGUUUGAAAGAAACUCACAGAAAAUUAUAGCUAUCUAGCAAUGUGAUCAUUCUUUUCUUCGUUUAAUAUCUAGUGUUUGUUCAGUCCCAUUCCCCCUUGUGCCAUCUUUUUAAUUGUAUAUUUAUAUGUCCCGAUCACUGUGUUUGUAUUUUAACAGCAGGGUACGCAAAUGUGACUUAGCUUUGACACAGGGUAAAUGGCUGUGACAGUAUUUCUUACAGCAGAGUGCCACCAUUUUCAGACUUAGCGCAAUUAGUAUAGCUACUAGCUUCAUUCAUGAUAUCAUUACUAGGUCUCCCCACUUCUCCUUGGUUCAUUCUUGAGCAAUAAAUGAUUUACUUCAUACAUAUUUUGUAUUCAAAUAUGAAUUUAUAAUAUGCAUACUUUAUUUUUUCUUCUACAUAACUGUGCCAAUUCAUAGUUUUUGAUCUCAGCACUGUGCCAUAUUAUACUUUUCUCUCAUUCAGUGUAUCGAGAGAGCAGUAAUAAUGCAUCUCUUAUUUUGCACGAUCAAACAUCGGUAUAUUUUUGGUUUCUUGAGCCAAUGUUAAUUUACCUGGUGCAAUAGGUAAAUGUUCAGUAUAAAGGAGUGGAGGGGAAUUUUCUGACACACCAAGGACUAGGGAUGCACAUCUGAAAUAAUUCUUUUGAUCAAUGAUCUUUACUGUUAGUGAAUGAGUAAAUCAACAAUUGUAAAUUCUAUUAAAUCUAUAUAGCUCACCAAUAAAAAUGUGAGUGGUGCAAGAGGCAAUACUUUUCCUGACUCCAGGCUUUGUGAAUGGUCUAAUGCAUUUUUCACCCACAUUCAAAAUGCAUUAGACCCAAAUAUCUAGUACCACAAUGUGAAAGCACAGAACUAUAUUUAUGUUUAGAUGGCGUUUUAAAUUUAUAUGGAAAGGCAAUGUAAUCAACACGGUCAGAUUUGGGUCUUUAAAUUAGGAGAUUAAAUGAAAUCUAGUAAUAUAUCAAAAACAUAUUAAUUUUCAAAAUGCCAAAAAGCUGCUGUGUGACUUACUGCAUGGCAUACGGACUUAAAAACCCAGAUUUGCACAUUUAUUUACUUCCAAGAAGCCCGUGGCCUGCAGGCACUGUGCCAAUGACGCAAGGCCACAAAAUGACAUUGUUAACAUUGCUUCUGCAAUCGAAGUGAAACCGUCUGAUUAUGGUCAGUUUAAUUCUCAUGGUCAUGGAUCAUAGUGUAGUUGAUGUGGUUCUUUACUGGGGGAUUCAGUAAGACAGAAAAAGAUAUCAGGGAAUGAUACCUCAAGCCGCUGAGUUGGAUCAUUUGUCCACUCUGUAACUGCAUAAGGACAGCACUUUGAGUCCUAUUCAGUUUAUUUUGCCAAAAUACCUUUGCUGGUCUUUAGGAAACAAUAUUCAAUGUAAUUUGGUGAUAUUAUAAUAAAAUAGCAAUAGGUAGCUUGAUCUGUGAUGAGUCCCUAUUCAGAGGCGGGGCUGUUUUCCCCCUCGCUGGCUCCGCCUACUUGCCUAUGACAUGUUACCAACUGCAUCUGCACCACCAGUACCUGGAUUUAGACGUUAAAGCCAAUCUCAGUAGGUUAAAAUAUACAUCUCCAUCUGGUGAACAGUUCAAAUCAUUUUUUUCUCCAAAAGUGGGGUGCAGCGUCAGGCGACCAAAAAAAAAAUCUUUUUCAUCGUUAAGCUUGAAUGUGUAAUAAAGAAUAGUCAGUCAUCAAUUAAUCGUUAACAUCCCUGCCAAGGAUAUCAAUUUUACACAUGUGGCUACGUACAGUAUGUGUGACUGAAAUCAAAUGGUAGCUACAUUUUCACAAAGAACACACAAAGACACAAACGCACUCACACUAUUACACUGUGAUUUUACAUAUUCGGUAGUAUAAGUCUGGUAGAAGUAGCGUGUGGGGCUUGGGGAUGUGGUUACAAUUUGUUAGCAGCUGUUGACGCAGGAAUCUGUCUUAGACCGCGGAGACAUUAGUCCCUCUGACAGAAGCAGGAUGCCUUUGCACUUUUUUUUUAUCAGCCAACACAAAUGCGAUUUUGCUCAACGAUCGUUUAAUUAAUCACAGGCCUUCUUUUUGUGGAGCCAGUGCGAGCACACUUUAAUUUCUCUGCUGUGUGAAUCACGCGCUUGUGAGAAUCAAAUUUCAUGGAUGGAACAGGCGAACACUGUAUCAUGGCAAGGCAAUAUAGCACAGCCCCAGGGCGAAGUGAACACGAUGCCCAGCUGCUUUUAACUAAACAAAGCGUGCGCCGUGCCAACUUGCCAGAGAAAGAGAAAAAUCUCCAUCUCAAUGCCAAGGGUGCACCCCAACUCGGAGACCUUUAUCUCCUGAUUUUAGUAGUUAGAAAUCUUCUGCUGACAUGGCCGGGAAAAUAGAAGGGAUGGAUCGUGUUGUUUUGAAAUGGCAAAGGCAGUAUUUUUAAAAGGCUGAAAAUGUUGUACAUGUGCAAUUUUAGAAUACUCUAAUUUUAUAAAUAGGAGCAAAACCUCAUCCAACCCAGCAACCGAAUGCACAAACUAAAACGAUUUCAACUGACCUUCUGAGCGGCAGCAAUUAGAAAUAUUUUUCUAUGCACUCCAUUAAUAUUUUAAAGAUGUUAGAGAGAAAUGGGGAUUUAGGGCCCUGCGGCUUAACCUAAUAUUCUCUUAUUGUCCAAAAUAUGGAAAUCUGUAAGGCGGUAAAGUAAAAAUUCUGUUUCUAACACAGCAUAUUUUAACACAUAGUUUAUUCAUUUCCUCGUGUUGUAUUUAAUAUACACGUUUAAAUCAAAAUGACUACUCUGUGGACAAAGCAUGAAUGCCACAGUCUGUGUGUAGUGUCCCUGCUUAAGGCCUCCAUUUUCUCUGAGGUGACGGUUGUUCUACAGACUGAACCCGUGGCUCCAUUUGUUGGCACUCUCAACAGUUUAAAUUCUAUAUCAGUUGUUAAAACCUCACAAUGGUAAAAUGUAGUGAGAUGCCUGUAAAUUGCUUUGAAGGCUAGAACAAAGGCAGUUCUCUGUUUAAUUUCUACUUCACAAAGUUCCAAAUAUAUACUUUUUAAUGCACAUGAGUUGUUUUUUUUUUUCAACAAGCUGCACUACUGUGCUUUACAGCUCAUUGUAGAGAACUUCAAUUUUAUAGCUUCAACUGUUGCAAGAACAAUUAGAUACAAUAUCGCACAACUUUUAAAGUGUACAUUUUGCAUAGCCGUUCUUAGAAUUAUGUAGUUCCCCGUCCCCCAGCCAUGAAUACCAAAGUUUUAUCAAUUAACUUUAAUAUGAACUUCAUCAGACCAUAGUGCAAUGCUACACUGCUGUUAUUAAAAUUGUUUAUCUGAACAAGAAUCAUUUCCAUUGUGAGAAAAAUGCUUACCAUGGUAACUUUAAAGUGAACUAAGAGGGGAGCUGGGCACACUGAGCUGUGUAGCUCAUUUAAUGACCAGGGCCAAACUAACGUUUCAACAUCUACGUCUUCCUUAGCGUCAAGAGUUUUUCAUAUAAAUAAGGCUCUUGUGCUGUAUGUGUUACAGCUGCCCUCUCCCCUGGGGUUAGUCAAUUUUGAAGU